UCAUAAUUCUAUUUCCUGUGUUUGGACACCAAGGAGUACACCAAGGUGGUGUGGAUAUGUGAAGUCAAAUGGUAGUGUUUAGGCGAUAUAUAUUCAAAUGAUAAUAAGUCAGGAUGAGGCUUACAAUAGUUCUGCUGAAGGACAGUAGCAAGUAUGUCAAGCGUUACUUAGAGAGAACAAUGCAAGAUACUCUUGGCAGAAAAAAAUGGAAACCUCAUACUGGAUGGGUACCAGUUUCUGGUGAAUAUACAAGUUCAAAGUGGCAUUAUGAUGAAAAUCCUGUGUGGAGUGAGCAAGCAAGAAUGACAUACAAGAAGAAGAAUAAGAUACCACCAUUACAGCCAAUUAAACAAUGGAAUAUAUUUGAAGAUGACUUAGUGGAGAUUCUAGUUGGUGUUGAUAAAGGGAAACAAGGGCAUGUAUCACAAAUUGUCAAGGAAAGGAACUGGUGCUUCGUUCAGGGCUUGCAUCUGGAGUACUCAUACAAGCCUGGAAACACACCAACUGACCCUGGGAAAUGUGAAAGCAAAGAGAAGCCCCUUCUGGUUACAACAGAAGUGGCCUUAGUUGACCCCUCUGAUAGAAAACCUACAGAAUUUGAAUGGCGCUACUCAGAGGACGGAGAAAAGGUGAGAGUGUCGAAACGGACAGGAAGAAUCAUUCCCAUUCCCCAGGAUGUAGAGGAUAAGUUGAAACUUGAAUCUGGUUCCAUAAGUACUUAUAAAAAGGGCAACAGAGAUACAGCAGAAAAAGACGUUCUUGAGGUUACAUUUGAACCCAAACUGGCCACAUUUGAAGAGGAAAUUCUGGAGUCUAUGGGGAUUGAAGAGGAAAAAAAUCCACACCUACCAAAAACGUACUGGUAUUAGAGGAUCAUGUUACAAAUUGGGAGACAAUUCCUUCAAACUGAAGUGGUAUUGGGACUGUGUUGUACAUUGGUAGAAACUAUUACCAGAUUGCCUACCCACCAGCACCAAUAGAUAUCAGAUUGCUUUGAAUGUAUAUGGUUGAAUAGACUUGGGUAAGGUUACUAAUACAGAGUACAAUAUAGAAAUAUUGGUAUUUAUAGAAACAUCUAUCUUCCAAAACUCUCUGUUUAUCAUUUCUGUAUGGAAUGAGACAGAUACUCAUGCUUAGAGUUCAUGGGAUCAUGAGGUAUGAUGAAAUUACAGUAUAAACAGUCCUUCCCAAGAUUUCAAUUCUUGUUCAUUUCAAAUUCAUGCAAAUUUUAGGGAAAGAUUUCUGUUUAUUGUACAGUGAUAAUCGGUUGGGGGUGUACUGUAAGUGUGAUAGUGCUGAUGUGUGUAUACAUGUGUAAAAAUAAUAGAAAAUAAAAUAUUUAAAUUUUAAA